GCAGCUGGGGCCGCGGAGCUGGAGCUGGAGCCAGAGCCCGAGUCCGCGACAGAGUCGGAACCCGGGGCUGGGCCGGAGCGGGCUCCAUCGACAUGGGGUCCGCAGACUCCAAGCUGAACUUCCGGAAGGCGGUGAUCCAGCUGACCACGAAGACGCAGCCUGUGGAAGCCACCGACGAUGCGUUUUGGGACCAGUUCUGGGCAGACACAGCCACCUCGGUGCAGGACGUCUUUGCAUUGGUGCCAGCGGCAGAGAUCCGGGCUGUGCGAGAGGAGUCACCCUCUAACCUGGCUACCUUGUGCUACAAGGCUGUGGAAAAGCUGGUACAAGGAGCAGAGAGUGGCUGCCACUCGGAGAAGGAGAGGCAGGUCGUCCUGAACUGCAGCCGGCUGCUCACCCGAGUGCUGCCGUACAUCUUCGAGGACCCCGACUGGAGGGGCUUCUUCUGGUCCACAGUGCCCGGGGCAGGGCGUGGAGGGGGGGAGGAAGAGGAUGAGAACGCUCGCCCCUUGGCCGAGUCCUUGCUCCUGGCCAUCGCCGACUUGCUGUUCUGCCCAGACUUCACUGUGCAGAGCCACCGGAGGAACAAUGUGGACUCAGCAGAAGAUGUUCAUUCCCUGGACAGCUGUGAAUACAUCUGGGAGGCUGGUGUGGGCUUUGCUCAUUCCCCACAGCCCAACUACAUCCACGACAUGAACCGGAUGGAGCUGCUGAAGCUGCUGCUGACAUGCUUCUCAGAGGCCAUGUACCUGCCGCCAUCUCCAGAAAGCGGCAGCCCCAACCCCUGGGUUCAGUUCUUCUGUUCCACAGAAAACAGACACGCACUGCCUCUCUUCACCUCGCUCCUCAACACCGUGUGUGCCUACGACCCUGUGGGCUACGGCAUCCCCUACAACCACCUGCUCUUCUCGGACUACCGGGAGCCCUUGGUGGAGGAGGCCGCUCAGGUGCUUAUUGUCACCUUGGACCAUGACAGUGCCACCAGCACCACGCCCACUGUGGAUGGCACCACCACGGGCACUGCCAUGGACGAUGCCGACCCUCCGGGGCCUGAGAACCUGUUUGUGAACUACCUGUCCCGGAUUCAUCGUGAGGAGGACUUCCAGUUCAUCCUCAAGGGCAUAGCUCGGCUGCUGUCCAACCCCCUGCUCCAGACCUACCUUCCCAACUCCACCAAGAAAAUCCAGUUCCAUCAGGAACUGCUGGUUCUCUUCUGGAAACUCUGCGAUUUCAACAAGAAAUUCCUCUUCUUUGUCCUGAAGAGCAGCGACGUGCUGGAUAUCCUGGUCCCCAUCCUCUACUUUCUCAAUGACGCCCGGGCAGAUCAAUCUCGGGUGGGCCUGAUGCACAUCGGGGUCUUCAUCCUGCUGCUUCUGAGUGGGGAGAGGAACUUUGGGGUCCGACUGAACAAGCCCUACUCGGUGCGCGUGCCCAUGGACAUCCCCGCCUUCACAGGCACACAUGCAGAUUUGCUCAUCGUGGUAUUCCACAAGAUCAUCACCAGUGGUCACCAGCGGCUACAACCCCUCUUUGACUGUCUGCUCACCAUUGUGGUCAACGUAUCACCCUACCUCAAGAGCUUGUCCAUGGUGACUGCCAAUAAGUUGCUACACCUGCUGGAGGCCUUCUCUACCACCUGGUUCCUCUUCUCGGCAUCCCAGAACCACCACUUGGUCUUCUUUCUCCUGGAGGUCUUCAACAACAUUAUCCAGUACCAGUUUGAUGGCAAUUCCAACCUGGUCUAUGCCAUCAUUCGUAAGCGUGGCGUCUUCCACCAGCUGGCCAACCUGCCCACGGACCCACCCUCCAUCCACAAGGCACUUCAGCGGCGGAAGAAGACGCCGGAGCCCCUGUCCCGUGCUGGUUCCCAGGAGGGCGCUUCCAUGGAGGGUUCCCGCCCUGCCGCCCCUGCAGAACCGGGGACCCUUAAGACCAGCCUGGUGGCUACUCCAGGCAUUGACAAGCUGACAGAGAAAUCCCAGGUCUCAGAGGAUGGUACCUUGAGGUCCCUAGAGCCCGAAUCCAAGCCAAGCUCGGUGGAAGGCAGCCUGUCUGAGGGGUAGCCUAGCCAAACAUGUAGAGAGCAGCGGCGACUGUCCAACACAUCGACCGGUGGCCAGUGGAACCCGACAUCAGAUUGGAUCCUGUCCUGGAAGUCGAAGCUGCCGCUCCAGACCAUCAUGCGCCUGCUGCAGGUGCU